AGUGAAAGAGAAACGAAUUAUUGCGUACUUUUAUUGCUAUAAUUCUAUAAUAUUAAAAUAGCGAAUAUUUAUGUAAAUAAUUAAAUAAAAAAAAAUAAUAAUAAUAAAUUCAUCGUAAUAUUCGCUAUGAUUAAUCAGAUUCUAAAUGGAAAAUUUAGUUCUUUUAUAAGACAAGAAAAUGGAUUAACAAAAAGAUCUUUAUUUUAUUGGCUGACCAUAAUUUUUAAUAGUGUCGAUAAGAGAAGAAUUGAAGAGGUUGGCCCUGAUCAAGCUUGUGCUGAAUGGCUCUUGAAAAAUGGAGCUUAUGUCAAAUGGAAAAAUUCUUCUGAGUAUUUAACGGAUUAUAAUGUUUUGAUCAAACAAACAGGAAUAAAUUAUAUACAAAGCGUUGAAGCUGAAAAUUCAGGGAUAACAUAUGUAGGAUUUCCAUAUUUUGAUGGUUGUAAGCAUAUAGAAGAGGUUAAGCUUAUUCGUUCUCGAUACAUUUGCAACAGAGCAAUGUCUUUAUUAUCAUUUUUAAAGGAAUCUCUAACUCAUCUUGAAGUUAUAGAAUGUCCAAGUGUAACUGAUGAGGGAUUGUAUAAAUUGAAAAAACUUCAAAAAUUAAAAAUAUUGAAACUUGAAGGAAUGCCAUAUUUAAAAGAUCCAGCUGAUGUCAGGAAACAAUUAAUGGAAUCUUUACCAAAUACUAAAAUUGAAUUGAAAUGAAAUAUUAAAAUCUUAUCACCGAUAA